AUGUCUGUCGACUUCGAAAACGACGUGAUUCUUCUCACUUGUGCGAGCGGCAAACAAUGCUCGCAGUUAAUCCCUCUCCUCUACAACAAAUGGCAAAAGCUGAGGCUAGCGGUGAACUCUGCGUCAUCGGAAGAGCGCCUGAAGACAACCUACCCCAACGCAACAGUUGUGCGAGCCGACAUGGCCCGUCCAGAUGAUGCGAAGCGGAUAUUGUCAGGGGUUACGGCUGUGCUCUAUAUCGGGCCGUCUCUUCACAGCCAUGAAUCCGAAGUCGGGUACACUAUGAUCGACGCUGCACGUCAAGAAUCCCAGCAGGGGACUCUAAAGCACUUCAUCUAUUCCUCUGUACUGCACCCGCGAAUCCGCAAGUUGAUGAAUCAUGAUUGCAAACGUUACGUGGAAGAAUACCUUGUCGAAUCCGGGCUCAACUACACUAUCGUUCAGCCUAGUCAUAUUUUAGACCAAUUCCCGGUCGAAAAACUGCUUCAAUCGGAAGCACCUGUUUUCCCUGCCAAUUUUGAUCCACAGGUAACCUUCUCGUUCACUGCUCUACAGGAUCUGGCCGAGGCAUUCGCAGUCAUUCUGAAAGAGCGAGAGAAACAUUAUUUGGCAGAGUACACAGCCUGCUCCACUGGACCAACUUCUUACGCCGAGGUGAUCGCGAUGCUGAGCGAGGAAGUCGACAGACCUAUUCAGAUCGUAAAGAAGGACUACUUUGAAUCUGCAGACCAGUUUCAAAGUAUGCUGGCUGGGAAGAAUGGCGAUGUUUCACCUGCUACGCGUGAUGCGAUCCAUCGGUUGUUACUUUAUUACAACUUUUAUGGGAUCAAAGGCAAUGCGAAUGUGCUAAAGUGGUUAAUUGGACGGGAGCCCACAACUGUCAAGGGUUUCCUUCACCAGAAGGUCUUAAGCCUCCGGAAAUAA